AUGGCCGAGUUUAUAAGAGCCCAGAUCUUUGGAACCACCUUCGAGAUCACCUCGAGGUAUUCGGAUCUCCAGCCUGUUGGUAUGGGCGCAUUCGGUCUUGUUUGCUCCGCGAGAGACCAGCUCACCAACCAAAAUGUCGCCAUCAAAAAGAUUAUGAAGCCCUUUAGCACGCCAGUUCUUGCCAAGCGAACCUACCGAGAGUUGAAGCUUCUGAAGCACUUGAGACAUGAGAACGUUAUUUCCCUUAGCGACAUCUUCAUCUCGCCCCUAGAAGAUCUUUACUUUGUUACCGAGCUGCUCGGCACCGAUUUGCACCGACUCUUGACUUCCAGGCCUCUGGAGAAGCAGUUCAUCCAGUACUUCCUGUACCAGAUCAUGCGUGGCCUCAAGUAUGUCCACUCUGCUGGUGUUGUUCACCGUGACCUCAAGCCCAGCAACAUCCUUGUCAACGAGAAUUGCGAUCUGAAGAUCUGCGAUUUUGGUCUCGCGCGUAUUCAGGAUCCGCAGAUGACCGGCUACGUCUCCACCAGAUACUACCGCGCCCCCGAGAUCAUGCUCACAUGGCAAAAAUACGACGUUGAGGUGGACAUCUGGAGUGCUGGCUGCAUCUUUGCUGAAAUGCUCGAGGGCAAGCCCCUAUUCCCCGGCAAGGAUCAUGUCAACCAAUUCUCCAUCAUUACAGAGCUUCUGGGAACCCCUCCGGAUGAUGUCAUCAACACCAUUGCUAGCGAGAACACGCUCAGAUUUGUCAAGUCGCUACCCAAGCGCGAGAGGCAACCGUUGAAGAACAAGUUCAAGAACGCAGACCCUGCCGCCAUUGAUCUCCUUGAGCGCAUGCUCGUCUUCGACCCCAAGAAGCGGAUAACAGCUACGGAAGCUUUGGCCCACGAAUACCUUGCUCCGUACCAUGACCCCUCCGACGAGCCCGUGGCCGAGGAGAAGUUUGACUGGAGCUUCAACGACGCUGAUCUGCCAGUCGACACCUGGAAGAUCAUGAUGUACUCCGAGAUCCUUGAUUACCAUAAUGUAGAAUCGAGUGUUUCGCAAGACCAAUUCAAUGGUCAUUAG